AUCAAUCGAUAUUCAAUCGAUUUAAUUCAAAUGAAACACCGUAUGUUGCUUUCCAAGACGAUAACGAUGACAAUGAAGAAAACGAUACAUCAGACAGUUACAUUUUACAAAAAAGACAACGACAUCAACAUAAUCCCUCAUCAGCUUCUGCCUCAUCAUCACAAAGACCUAAUACAUCUUCCCGUGCACCAGUAUUUCAAUCAUUUUUAACAAAUAAGCAAAGAUAUCAACAAAUAAAAUAUAUUAAUACUAUUGAAGAAUAUCAAUGA